AUGAGUUCUGACCGAGAGGAGUAUGACAUGAUCUGUCAGAGAGCUGUGACCCUUAUUGUUGACCUCUGCCUGCACAACAGCACCCUUCUGGAUCAAGACACCUGCCAGGAUUACCUCCUCCUGUUGUCCAGCCAGAGCUCUGAGCACAAAGAACCCGAAGCAGAGGGAGGGAGAAGUAAGAGGAGUGAGGGGAUCAAGAGAGGAAAAGUGAGAGACACUGUCACUGACGCUUCUUUUGGCCUCCUGCUCGGUGUGUUUGUGGUCUGUGGCCUGGCUCUGCUGGGCCUUCUUACGUUCGUCUCCUGGAAGCUGUGCCUCGAGCCUUGGCGGAAUAAGGCCCACUUCCCAAGUCCGUCCCUCACCCCCGACUGUGGCCCAGAACACUGCCCGCUGCAGUCGUCUCCUCCGCUACCCAGCCCGCAGCAGCCACCGGUCACCAUGGCGACAGAGAAGGUGAAAGACCCCAUGGGUUCGAUGGGUUUCCUGGAGGCGGCGGUGAAGAUAAGCCAUACAUCCCCUGACAUUCCCACCGAUGUGCAGCUCUCCAUGAGGGAGCACUUCCUGCGCCGCACACAACGCAUGCAGAGACAAACCACUGAGCCAGCUUCCUCCACACGGCACAAUUCAUUCAAAAGACACCUGCCCAGGCAAAUGCAAGUAGGCAGUCUAGACCUGGGAAAUGACUACGUGUCAGACAAAGACGAAAAGUCCACCAGCAUCGGCCGCAUCCAGCCAGAGCUCUACCAACAGAAGACCCUGGAUUCAGAGGAUUCAUCCAAGAAUGGCAGCAGCAAAAACUGCGGCUCCAUCAACUUCUCUCUAAAGUACGACUAUGAGAACGAGGCCCUCCUGGUCAACAUCCUCAAGGCAGUAGACCUCCCUGCCAAGGACUUGUGUGGAACGUCUGACCCUUAUGUGAAGGUCUACCUCCUGCCUGACCGCAAGAAGUUCCAGACUCGUGUCCACCGGAAGACGCUCAAUCCUACAUUCAGUGAGAGCUUCCAGUUUCCUGUGCCUUACGAAGAGCUGGCGGUCAGGAAGCUGCAUAUGAGCGUCUUUGACUUUGAUCGGUUUUCCCGGCAUGAUAUGAUCGGGGAGGUGGUGCUGGACAACUUGUUUGAGACAUCAGACCUCUCCAGGGAGACGAACAUAUGGAGGGAAAUCCAAUAUGCUACCAGUGAGAGUGUCGACCUCGGGGAGAUCAUGUUCUCACUUUGCUACCUGCCCACCGCCGGUAGACUCACACUUACUGUCAUCAAGUGCAGGAACCUGAAAGCCAUGGACAUCACCGGGUACUCAGAUCCAUACGUCAAAGUGUCGCUGAUAUGUGACGGGAGACGUUUGAAAAAGAAGAAGACAAGCAUAAAGAAGAACACACUGAAUCCCACCUACAACGAGGCCAUCAUCUUUGACAUCCCACCAGACAGCAUGGACCACGUCAGCCUGCACAUCUCCGUCAUGGACUAUGAUUUGGUAGGUCACAAUGAGAUCAUUGGUGUAAUGAGGGUUGGGUGUCAUGCUGAGGGACUUGGAAGAGACCACUGGAACGAGAUGCUGGCUUACCCAAGGAAGCCCAUUGCACACUGGCACCCUCUGCUGGAGUCUAAGAAGUCAGAGAAGGAGUGGAAGGCGAGGACAGCCAGCUUUGACAGCCAAGGUUCCUGCCCUUCACCCCGGCCCCCUGCAAGUCCCUGAGCAGAGCCACCUGUGACCCGGCAGCCCAGAAGGGGGUUUCCUCCCUCCUGCAGAUCCACGUCCUGUCUGUCUGAUUGAGGAGAAACACAACCCCACUGUCUCUCCCUCUCACUCUCUCUGUGUGUCCCUCCCUUCCUCAGUCCCAGAGCACUCCCAAGAACUGAUCUAGGACCAGUCAGUUAGAUGUGUGAAGCAAUCUUUUCAGGUUAAAGUUUAGGGGCCGCUGAAUUGAAAUGCUGGUGUUAUGAUGACCUAAAGGCCGCCCUUUGACAGACGUUUAAUAUGGAGCUGUCCGAGCUGAGGCGAACGGAUCUCUACGUCCUCAAAGGAGACUUUCCAAAUACUGAAGAUUCAGCUUUGUGCUGCAGAGACUCUUUGAUGGAAAACCGCAGUCAGAUCUCGCUCCAUGAGAGCAGCGGAAGUCUAAAAGUGGAAAGCAGAGGACACGGUAGAAAAAGAGACGAUUUCAAACGGGAUGUGAAGUAAUUUCAGCUCUCCACAGCGCUCUCUCAUUGAAUUUCAGAGUGCUGUGUUGGCAUAAAUGGUUCUAAACUGUAGCAUUUUGGGACUAUUAGAUGUAAAGCUGCUCCAUUAGACAUUAUUGUUUGUGAAUAGCAAAACUUAAAUGAAUUUCAAACUCCAGCUGAGUUCACUUUACUUCCAGCUUCAUCUAUAACAUAAGCAAUGAUCUUAAAGGAGUGUUUGGUUCAGGAUGGAAUAAAGUAGUUUGCUAUUUACAGAUUUAGAGUGAAUUUAUACUCAGUAGGGACAAAAAGUUAGACGUACAUUUGGCUGGCUGCACAUUAGAUGGUUUUCAGAUUGCAACCAAUUUUGAAAACGUAGGAGACCAAAGACAUAAUGACAGCUUCAACCAGUUUCUAAGAUUAUAAUCCUCUGAAUGCACACACUAGAUCAGCAGUUAACAACUUUUUCAAACUAAAGAUCCCCACUGAUGUUAACAGAGAAAUCUAGAUCUAUCCACAUCAAAUUCACUAAGAAAAUUAACUCAUAUUUACUUAUUAAUUGGUAUAAUUCAGCUUAUCCACAUUUAAGCAAAUAGAUAGAGUCUUCAAUUCAUCAAAGUGAUAAAAAGUGAUAGCAAAGAAUCUAAUAAUAAAAGAUCUAAUAAUAUGUGAAUGAUCAAACAUGACUUCAGUUGAAACAAAUAUGAAGUACGAUCAGCAUCAUCAGCUGGCUGUCUUAACCUUGCAAAGCCAAUGGAUUGGCCCUGUCAUCAGGCCGAUCCAUCUUCCAGAGUCCAAUCUAUUCAUGUUUUCCUAGUCAGAGAAUGACCAGACCAAUCAGCAUCAUUUUAGGAGGCAGUUUAGGUUUUACUGCAAGCCAGUAAACAGUGAAGAAAUUAAUGUGGAUGCAGCUAUAGCAGCAGUUUUAUUAGAACUGGACACCAUUUAUUUCUCUUGGUGGAAAACAUGUUUUCGCCCUUUUUCCAUCCCACUUUGGCAAGAAUUUGAUCAACUGGCUCCACUGAUAGCAGACAACAAUAGUUGUUGCCUUUUGAGCUUGUUUUGGGUAGUUUUGUUGCUACAUCAUAUGUUUUAUUGUUCUGAUUGGCCUGUAAUGAAUGUGAUGGGCAGAACAUUUGUCCUAUCACUCUUUACAAUUUCUUUUGAAAGGUUCAGCCUUUUCCAAACACUAUAUAUGGGCUGUUGCCAACAUGGAUUUGAAAUACGAUCAACGUAACAGACAUGUGAAACAGUCUAUCUGGCAUAACAGGUUAGGCUGUCUUGGCAUGUGUUCAGUUUUACCACAACAAGAAAAAGGAUGUGGGUAACUGGCUGGGAAGACGGCAUACUUGUGAUUAAGUUUGUGAUGCUGUAAAGGGUGUCCAGGCUUUUUCCAUUGGGGGCCACAUACAGAAAUAUAUAAGGAUAGUGGGGCCACUUUCAUAAACCUCACCUUGAUAUAAAAGGUUAAACCAAUCUAAUGUAGGUUACGAUAUGCUCAGUGAUUGGUUAUGUUUAAAUGGCUAGUUGAUGGCUGACAAGGCAUAUAGCCAGUCAUUUUAGGGAUUUUAGAGAGGCCAGUCAGACUUCGGGGGCCCUGGUUGGGUCUGGCUCCGCCCCUGGAACAUCAUUGGUGCUGCUAUUUGCUGCUGUAAUCCAUUAUGGCGUUAUAUAUCAAGAUAUCUUCUGUUUGCCAAUAUGUUUACUAUUUAUUGGUUGUCUCAAUUUAGUCCUUAAAACAACAGCAAAAAAACUUAUCAAAAUGUUUGUUUACAGUGUUAGUAUGGCAACAC